AUGACUCCAGGGUCAAUCCCGCUCUUUCCGAGUCGGAGAUUGGGUUAUGCGGAAAGUCUCCUGGCAACCAAGAAUCCCACGGAAGGAACCCUCGGACCUUCCUGGGAGGGACCCUACGAGAUCAUCGGUAUCCAGCGAUCUGGGACUUACCGACUCAGAGACUCCAACGGAAAGACCCUCGGUCACCCUUGGAACGUAGAGCAUUUGAAGUACUAUUUCAAAUGA